UGGCAUGUCUCCAACGUGCUAUGGCAUGUCCCCAACAUGCUGUGGCAUGUCUCCAACACGUUGUGGCAUGUCCUCCUCAGCCCUGUUGCGGGACAACCCCCGAGCAGCGCUAGGACGUUCCCUGGGGUGCAGCGAGAUUCCCCUUCGCCGCCCCCCGCAGCCGCGAACGCUAGUCCCGCGGCCGCGCACCUGGGCGCGGUGUGUGCGCGCGGCGGUCCGCGGCCGCGGCGCUGCCAGGGCGGGGGUGACUCACGCUGCCGCCGGCGGCGGCCCCCGGCUUUAUAACGGCUGGGGCGGCCGCUGCCACCGGCUCCGCUGCGCCGCGCCCGCGGGGAGCGCAGGGGCCGCGGGACGGCACCAUGCGGAGCUUGCGCGGCGCUCCGCCGCCGCCCGUGCUGCUGCUGCUGCUGCUGGCGGUGCUGCUCGCCGCGGGACACGGCGCCGUCAUCACUGGGGCCUGCGACCGGGACCAUCAGUGCGGAGGAGGGAUGUGCUGUGCGGUUAGCCUCUGGAUCCGCAGCCUGCGAAUGUGCACGCCAAUGGGAAAUCUGGGAGAGGAAUGCCAUCCUUUGAGUCACCGAGUUCCCUUCUCUGGGCGGCGGAUGCACCACGCCUGCCCGUGCCUCCCCAGCCUGGCCUGCGUACGGACUUCUCCCACCAAAUUCAAAUGUUUACCAGGCUUCAGAAAAGAAGAUGUCUUUUUUUAGCAGGAGCUUAUCUGUGCUAGAAAGAGCCUCUUGAUGUAUUCAUUUUCUUGUUGUUGUGACGAACAAGGUACUUGCCAGGGGAAACCCUUUACCAUACUUUCCUGCCUCACCAACAUUAAAACUGAAGAUGAGAUACUGUGCUGUAGCGGCCGACGUUUUCAGGAGGGACUCGCAGUGGUGGAUGCUUUCAUUUUGGGGUGAGCAAAAUAACAUCUGCUAAAGCAAUGCUGCUUUCUGAGGGCAGGAGCUUUACGAUAGCUGAACCAUCUUGUGGUCUUCACAGUUCCAGUUUAUCCCCAGAAUGAAAACAUCCAAGAUUAUUGUCAGUUUUGGAAAACUUUGGCCAUGUUUUUACACUUUGGAAUGUCUGAAUUGAACUGAGAGUUGAAUAAUUGCAUAGCGUGAAGCAUAUGACAACUGCCAAAAACCUGUAUUUAUGUUACAUUUCGUAUUUUAUUAAAAUAACUGUAUUUUAAGUUAGGCACAUCUCUAGGGUAAGAGUUUAACCAAUAGAUGUAGUUAUUACACUUUUAAAAAGUGGACAGUGGAACCAAAGCAUUUCAAUAUUCAAAGCAUUAAAAGAUUUUGUUAUUUUAGUAUUCUAAGAUGAGAAGUUGUUGUUACUUGAGUUGGUGUAAAACUACAUGAUCAUCUCAAACUAUGUAUUAAGAUGUAGUUUAUAUUAAAAAAGGAACCCGAAGUUUAUUGUAAUGGGCUGCCUGACUUCUUGUAUAUGUAUCAAAUUUGCUGUGUAAAAGUUCUGUAUCAGAAUAAUGGCAGUGUAUGAUUUGAUUUAUUUUAAUAUUAUAGCAUUAUUUUGUCA